AUGGCAGCACAGUAUUAUGAGAGGAAUACAAGGUUUGUUUUUUGUUGAAUUAUUUUCAAAAAAUUAUAAUAAGUAAAUUUGUAGCGGGAUGAAUGCGGAUCGUUUUAUGUCUCGAAUGACAGAUGAAUCGACAGUUAAUACAAUGCAAAGACAUUAUUGGACAGCUCGACAAUUCAUCAGGACCAAAAUGGGAAAAAAAGAGGAUGAACAUUUGGAAGCCAGUGAUAUUGAACUCGAUAGAUGCCUCAAUUUAUAUCGAUCGGUUCAUGGAACUUCUAUACAAUUAUUAAAUAAUGUGGACAACUAUGCAAAUUAUUUAUUAGGUUAGUUUUUGAAGUUAAUUGGGCUGAUAUUAUUAAUUUACGUAACCAACAAGUUCGUAGAUUUUUAGAUGCACGAAAAAAUAAAUUGAAAACACAUAUUUUUCCAAAUAAAAUUGAACUCUAAGAUAUUGAACCUAACUUCAAAUUUCAGAACUAAAAAAUAAACAUUUACAGAUGAAACCCUUGUUCAAAAUGUGCUUGGGAAAUAUCUCAAAGAAAAAGGGAAAAUUGACAAAACUGAAGCUGUUGGCAGAAUUUUGAUUGCAGUUGGAAGAUCAUUAUUAUUUUCUUCUCAUCGUUUGAAUGCUGAAAGGAUUCGAGUUUCGACGUAAUAUUUGAAGAAAAUCAUUUUGAAAGCUCAAAAUAAAUAUAAAUUAUUUCAGAUUUUAUAACAAGCUUUCGGUUUUUGUUGAAAGAGCAAUUGGUGAUUGUUCACAAACAAUUGAAGCUGUUCAAAUGUGUCGAACCGAAUAUCGUGGAAGUCUUUUAUGGAUGAAAAAAACAAGUGAAGAACUCGAUCCAGAUGUUGAUGGUUCAAUGGAAAAAUUCCGAGAAGCACAAACAACUGUGAAAACAAAUAAAGAAAGAUUGGAUCGAUUGAAAACUGAUACACUUCAGAAAGUUGAUCUAUUAUCUGCUUCAAGAUCAAAUUUAUUAUCUUAUGUUCUGACACAUUAUCAAAACGAAUUGUAUGAAUAUUAUGAGAAAACAUCAAGAGCUUAUGAAACAUUAGCUGAAAAUAUUAGUUGUUAUAAUAAUUAUGAUUUUGAGAUUCUAAGUGUAAGUUGAUCUUUUUAAAGUUCUAAAAUUCUAUUGAAAAUUUUGCAGCAUCUUGCAACGGGUACACUUCCAAAACGCGAAAAAUCCAAAGAAUCGCCAGUGAAAAAAGAGCAACCAAAUUGUGAAAAUGAGGAAUUGAAGGAUUUAUUGUUCGGAAGAGAAUCUCCUGAAUUUACUGGAACAAUUCGAGAAGGAACUCCACAAUGUGAUAGUCCUUUAAUUGAUGAUGUAGAAGUUGCCGAAGAAGCAACAACUAGCAAUGAUUUAUUAGAUUUGGUGAGUUAAUUUUUUCUUGUGUUUCCCCAAUUAGGAUUGUAUUUUCUAGACUCCAUCAACAUUUUCAAUUGGACCACUUCCAAGUAUUUAUGAAAGUGCACUUCCGCCUGUUUUACCACCUCCUCCAACAAAUGAUAUUUCCUCGCUUUUUUCGAAUAAUUCUGCUAAACCAAGCAAUUUAGAUUGGGAAUCAAUUCUAAAUGAGCUAGAAAAUAAUGAUAAUUCAUUGUAA